AUGUUGACAACUGUCAGAAGUGCCCUUUCUUGUGCUGAAAUACGGUAACCAGCAAGAGAUUACGGUAAAUCACAACAGGGACCGUAGUGCUGCCUGCAUCAGCUCCUACAGCACACUAAAGUUACUGCUUCUCCUUCACAGUCGAGCAGGGGGGCAUUAUUCACCGAGGAAGAGGGAGGUAUCAUAAAAGCAGCACUCAGCCACCCUUAGCCAUUGGGACAGAGGGAAUUCAUGUAAUUCAAAGUGCCCCACUGUGCCAUUCGGAUGACUGCUUGUGAUUCGUCCCCUUUCAAUCAGCCUGCAACAGGAGGGUUUCAGGAGGAGGAAACAACUCAUCUGUCAAACAGAAGAGCACAGAUCUCCAUCUCCUCCGAGUUCCUAGCAGGUCCAUAACCAUUGUUUGUUAAAAGGAUUAUAUGCUGGGUGAAGGUGUCACCGUUUUACCAUUAUUACAGCUUCUUGGAAUCACAAAGUUAGUCAUGGAUGAAAAGACUAGAUAUUGAGAAGUGUCAGCCAGAGUGACAGACAGCAAUCUUCUUUCACCUGGGAGGAUUUUUCAAAGUCAGAAGAAGACAUAAAAAAGAACAAAUAAUACUCUGCUAUUAUUUGUGUUGCAUCUUUCCAUGAAGAACUUUUAAAGAGUCUGGAAGUUGAAGUCCUUUCUACCACAGCAACUUUCCUUGCUUAGUAACAAAAAGCAUCUGGUGGCUCAAUGGGCAUUAUUUUAAAAGAAAGAGGUCUUUAGUCAGUCUUUAAUAUGGUUUCAUCAUCAAACACCCAGCAAGGUAUGAUAAACACCAAAGAGACUGUUCUAAAGAGAACCAUUCUAAUUGCUUUGGAAUUAUUUUUGGGACAAGAAACGCCUGUGUUUUUCUUCAGAGCAAAUGCAAAAGAAGAAAUGUGGAUUUUCAAAUAUGUUCAUUAGUCAAGGGUUUGGCUCUCUCCUCUGCAUUUAUAAAGCCAGACUAGUAUUUCCAAUUAGUUUCUAUCUACAAUGUGGAAAUAAAGCUUCACCCAACACUACCAAAUAUUUGCUCUUGGCUCUUUCAAAGAAAGGGCAGCGAGAAUCACAAACACACUGGAUGUACAUUAACCAGUUAUGAUAAUGGGACUGACCUCUGAGAACAUCUCUGCCCUUGACUGCUUCAAUUGCACUCAGACUGUGGAGCAAUUAAAUAUUUCCAAGGCCAUAUUAUUAGGAGUCAUCUUUGGAGGUCUGAUUGUUUUUGGGGUCCUGGGCAACAUCGUGGUUAUCCUUUCAGUGGCCUGUCACAAACAUCUGCAAAGCGUAACCCAUUACUACAUUAUCAACUUGGCUGUGGCUGAUCUCCUCUUGACUUCUACUGUUCUCCCCUUUUCUGCUAUUUUAGACAUUCUGGGCUACUGGGCUUUUGGAAGGAUCUUCUGCAACCUCUGGGCAGCUGUUGAUGUUCUGUGCUGCACAGCUUCCAUCAUGAGCCUUUGUGUCAUCUCUAUAGACCGAUAUAUUGGAGUCAGCUACCCACUGAGAUACCCAGCCAUAGUGACUGAAAAAAGAGGUAUCCUGGCUCUGCUGUGCGUGUGGGCAUUGUCAGUUAUGAUAUCCAUAGGUCCUCUCUUUGGCUGGAGACAACCAGCUCCAGAAGAUGAAAAAAACUGCCAGAUCAACACUGACCCAAGUUAUGUCUUAUUUUCUGCUCUUGGGUCCUUCUACCUCCCCCUGGUCAUCAUACUGGUGAUGUAUUGCCGGGUAUACGUGGUAGCCAGAAGAGAAAGCAAAGGAUUGUCGUGUGGCCUGAAGACUGAGAAGUCCCAUUCAGAAGAAGUGACUCUCCGCAUCCACCGCAAGAACAACACUGAAGCUGCAGGAGCUACCCCUACCACCAAGCACAAGUCCAAUUUUUCCAUAAGGCUUCUAAAGUUCUCUCGGGAGAAGAAAGCAGCCAAAAGCUUGGGAAUAGUUGUGGGAUGUUUCAUCCUGUGUUGGCUUCCUUUCUUUUUAAUCAUGCCAAUUGGUUCUUUCUUUCCUGACAGCAAGCCCUCGGAAACCAUUUUUAAAAUUGCCUUUUGGCUUGGGUAUCUAAACAGUUGCAUCAACCCCAUCAUUUACCCUUGUUCGAGUCAAGAGUUUAAAAAAGCAUUCCAAAAUGUCCUAAGAGCCCGGUGUCUCCACAGGAGGUAUUCCUCCAACAAAUAUUCCCUGAACUUCACCCACAAUCACCCAAGCAGCCAUGUUCCUGAAGCUGACAAAGAUAUUGUCCGGAUACCUGUCGGCACUGGAGAACACUUCUAUAAGAUUUCCAAAUCGGAUGGCGUGUGUGAAUGGAAACUUUUUUCAGCCAUGCAAAGCAUGUCAACCAAGAGCAAUGCUCUGAAAGAGAGCCCCAGCUGCUCUACGGCCAAAGUGAAGAGCAAAGGCCUCCUGAGAGAGUGCUGCUGUGCAAACACCUCAGGAGAAAACCCAAAGGACCAGCAAAUACCCACCAUUAAAAUACAUACUGUCUCCAUCAGUGAAAAUGGAGAAGAUGUUUAAAGACCUUCCAUUAUUUUGAUGGGAGUUCUGAAGUUUUACAGUGUGUUUUCAUAGUUUUCUGCACUGGCGAGUCGAUCACAAAAGGUUUCAAUGGGUCACAACAGGAAGGCAAAUAAAGCCUAGAUCAGGUCAAACUCUGUAGAGAUGGAAACCAUGGGAAGACUUCCAUCCAUGCUGUUCCAUUGGAUUCUGUGAGGAGUAGUACGGGGGUCCCUGUGGGGCUGGACGCCUUCAAAUUAUUCAGAUUUGAUUUCUUGUUCUUUUAAAGGUUUUUAUUGUAUCCUGUUGUUUUAAUUCAAGUUAUCUAGCCUUUCUUUUUUUAAUGAUCAGUGGCGUAAAAACAUCCUUGAAAUAUAUCCUACAACAGAGAACCAUUAAUAUAUGUUCCAGCUUUCAUUGCAAAUGCUUUUCUUGAGUGGUCAGCUCUUUUUUUUUAUUACUCUGCAUUGUGAAGAUAAAUUUGACAAGGCUGCA